GAACAUGUGACUCGAUGUAUAAGACAGUGAUGGAUACGGAUAGGGUGGGCACAGACUCACCCACCAAAUCCUGGCAUGCUAGACCAGAGGGCCUUCCUUGAAGAAGCUUGAGAGCCAGAGCACCUGAGUCCCACGUAAGCACCAGUGAGGGCCGCUUCCUGCCACCUGCAGACCUGGCCUUUAGGCUGUUCAGAAGCCAAUGAACCCCACAAACCCCAUGAAACCUGCCUUGCCCCCCGUGCCACAUGGUGAUGGUCCAUUUGCUUAUGAGGCGGUGCCUUGGCAACAAAGUGCCACUCAACCAGCAGGAUCGCUGUCUGUGGUCACAACCGUGUGGGGCGUUGGCAACGCGGCCCAGAGCCAGGUUUUGGGGAACCCCAUGGGCCCUGCAGGGAGCCCUCCCAGCAGCUCCAUGAUGCCUGGCAUGGCAGGUGGCAGCUCUGCUCUGAACUCCCCGCAGUGCCUCGGACAGCAGGCAUUUGGUGAGGCUGGCGCCAGCAAGGGCUACAUACAGCCAGGGGUGUAUGGCCGUGGGGCUUACCCCGGGGCCCCAAGCUUCACUACCGGGUAUGCAGGUGGCCCGGGGGCACCUGGGGGCCUGGGCCUCCCCUCACAUGCCACGCGACCCUCCACCGACUUCACCCAAGCAGCAGCUGCUGCUGCUGUGGCUGCUGCUGCUGCCACUGCCACAGCCACGGCCACGGCCACCGUGGCCGCCCUCCAGGAGAAGCAGAGCCAGGAGCUGAGCCAGUACGGAGCGAUGGGGGCCGGACAGUCUUUUAACAGCCAGUUCCUACAGCACGGAGGUCCCCGGGGUCCCAGCGUCCCCAGCAGCAUGAACCCUGCCAGCGUGGGAGGGCUGAUGGGCCCCUCCGGCAUGAGCCCCAUGGGCAUGAACCCCCCGCGGGCAGCAGGCAUAGCGCCCCUGUACGCAGGGCAGCGCCUGCCCCAGCAUGGGUACCCUGGGCCUCCCCAGGCCCAGCCACUGCCCCGCCAGGGGGUCAAGAGAGCCUACUCCAGUGAGAUAUAUCCAGGGCAGCAGUACCUGCCAGGCAGCCAGUACACACCCAGCGCCACCCAGUAUGCACCUGGCCCCGGGCAGCCCCCUGCCCCUUCCUCCUUCCCCGGGCACCGGCUGCCCCUGCAGCAGGGUGUGGGCCAGCCCCUGUCCACCUCUGGCCCUUCGGGACUGCACUACAAGCCCACAGAGCAGUUCAACGGGCAGGGCGCCAGCUUCAACGGGGGGAGCGUCAGCUACAGCCAGCCUGGCCUGAGUGGGCCAACCCGUUCCAUCCCUGGCUACCCCAGCUCCCCACUGCCGGGGAGCCCCACGCCUCCCAUGACCCCCAGCAGCAGCGUCCCCUACAUGUCCACCAGCCAGGAUGUCAAGUCUCCUUUCCUGCCUGACCUCAAGCCUAGCGUGAGCUCCUUGCACUCGUCGCCCCCCGGCAGUGGCCCCUGUGACGAGCUGCGGCUGACCUUCCCCGUGCGGGAUGGGGUGGUCCUGGAGCCCUUCCGCCUGCAGCACAACCUGGCUGUGAGCAACCACGCCUUCCAGCUCCGUGACUCUGUCUACAAGACCCUGAUGCUAAGGCCUGACCUGGAGCUGCAGUUCAAGUGCUACCACCACGAGGACCGGCAGAUGAACACCAACUGGCCAGCCUCGGUGCAGGUCAGCGUCAACGCCACCCCACUCACCAUCGAGCGCGGCGACAACAAGACCUCCCACAAGCCCCUGUACCUGAAGCACGUGUGCCAGCCAGGCCGCAACACCAUCCAGAUCACUGUCACGGCCUGCUGCUGCUCCCACCUCUUCGUGCUGCAGCUGGUGCACCGGCCCUCCGUCCGCUCAGUGCUGCAGGGUCUCCUCAAGAAGCGCCUCCUGCCCGCCGAGCAUUGCAUCACCAAGAUAAAGCGGAACUUCAGCAGUGGCACCAUCCCCGGCACCCCUGGGCCCAACGGAGAGGACGGGGUGGAGCAGACGGCCAUCAAGGUGUCUCUCAAGUGCCCCAUCACCUUCCGCAGGAUCCAGCUCCCUGCCAGAGGUCACGACUGUCGCCACAUACAGUGCUUCGACCUAGAGUCGUACCUACAGCUCAACUGUGAGCGGGGGACCUGGAGGUGCCCCGUGUGCAACAAGACGGCAUUGCUGGAGGGCCUCGAGGUGGACCAGUACAUGCUGGGCAUCCUCAUUUACAUUCAGAACUCCGACUAUGAGGAGAUCACCAUCGACCCCACGUGCAGCUGGAAGCCGGUGCCAGUGAAGCCCGACCUGCACGUCAAAGAGGAGCCGGACGGGCCGGUGCUGAAGCGCUGCCGCACCGUGAGCCCCGCCCAUGUGCUCAUGCCCAGCGUGAUGGAGAUGAUAGCUGCCCUGGGUCCUGGUGCCGCCCCCUUCGCCCCCCUGCAGCCCCCCUCGGCCCCUGCCCCCGGCGACUACCCCAGCCAGGGUUCCGGCUUCCUGGGACCCGGGACCUUCCCCGACUCCUUCCCACCCACCACACCCAGCACCCCAACCCUUCCUGAGUUCACCCCAGGGCCGCCUCCCAUCUCCUACCAGUCCGACAUUCCCAGCAGCCUCCUGACACCAGAGAAGUCUGUCCCCUGUCUGCCAGGCCAGAUGGCACCAGCAGGUCACCUGGACCCAGCCCACAACCCCGGGCCACCGGGGCUGCAUGCCCCCAACCUUGGAGGUCCCCCAGGGCCCCAGCUGCACCAUCCAAACCCUCCCCCAGCAUCCCGACAGCCCCUGGGCCCAGUGAGCUCGGGUCCCGUCGGUGAGCUGGCCUUCACCACUGCCACAGGCGUGAUGGGGCCCCCCAUGUCUGGUGCAGGGGAGGCCCCGGAACCGGCCCUGGACCUACUCCCAGAACUGACCAACCCUGAUGAGCUGCUGUCCUACCUGGGCCCACCCGACCUCCCCACAAACAGCAAUGAUGAUCUGCUCUCUCUGUUUGAGAACAACUGAUCCCGUUGACCCUGCCCGCUGGUGGGGACAUGCCCACAGAUGUCACACGCCCUGUCCCUCCAGCCCAGCUCCACCUGCCACCAGUGGCCCUCCCCUGUUCCUCCCCGCCCAGUCAUCUGGAGCCGGGGCCUGCCCAGCUCCCUGGCUCCUGAAGCUGGAGGCAGUCCUGUGCUCAGUCGGGGUGGGAGGGUGGACCGGGCAGUGGCCCUGCUCCGCCCCACUGGCUGCUGCCAAGGAUUUUUGAUGAGAUGCCCAGCCCCGCCCCACCCCAUUGGAGCCCAGCUUCACUCCGGCCCCAAACAGCCCAGUCCACGCACACCUGGAGGCUCGCCCCUGGUCCUCCCCUCCCUGCCUGCUCCCACCCCCUGUGUUUUGUCUCUCAUGGACACUUCUGUUUCCACAAUCCCUCGGGCUGUGGGCCAGUGAGGAGCUGGGCUGCUCUGUCCUGGGGACUGAGCCGUCAGGCCUGCCAUGUGGGGUCUCCUCCCACCUGGGGCACCGGCUGCGGCUGUGGGGUGGGGGCUCCAAAGCACAACGAUGUACAUAGUGUAGAAACACUAAGGCUGUGGGCGCCAGUCCCCCAUGCAGCCAGGGCCCCCACCCUGUGAGGACAGCUCGGGGAUGGCUGUGGGGCCAGCAGCCUCAGCCCACCUGGGGCUCAGACCCAGCUCUGUGUGCAGAUUCUCUGGCGGGCCGCUCCCCCAAGGCCGUUGUCCGUGAAAGUGAAGAAUUACUCCUACCGUGUUUUUUAAACCAUGUCUCCCAUGUCUACCCCGGGUCACUGCACCCGUCGGCCCCAGCGAGUCAUGUCCCCUGUCUGCCCAUCUAUUAAAGGACUUCCCUGAGA